AUGAUCACAUUGCUGGUGCCAAUACUAACUCUGCUCAGUGGCCCCCAGGCCCUGUACAAGGGCCCCCAGAACUUCAACUUCAUUGAGAAUCUGGUCAACGGCAACUGGUUCUCGACAGCACAGGCUUCCGAUGACCUGGAGCUCCUACAGGAGGACUCGGACAUGAUGUUCUUCAUCCACAAAAUCCAUGUAAUCCUCCAGACCAUAGAGUUCCACAUCCACAGAAGGAACAUCUGGGAAGAGGAUGCAGACGGGGCCAUGGUGCAGGAGAACCCUGGGCCCCCUCCCUGGUCCACAGAUGCCAGCCACAACAUGAUCUUCCUAAAGGACAUGGGCCCCCAUCGCUUCGCCAUCUUCUGUGCUCACAGCAACUGGCAUGGGAAGAAGAGGGUGGUGAACGCCCUCAGUAAGUGCCCCUGCCCCCCGCCGGCAGGAGACAGGAGGGACCUCGACUGCCGACUGCCGCAGGGCCACGAGGGCCAGGAAGGUAAUGAGGUGUUUGACCACAAGGGAGACCUGCCCACAUGCCAGUAG